GUUUGUUGCAUUCAUUCGCUGUCUCACUCGAACGCAGAUAUAUCAUAAAAAUAACAGUGAACGUAUCGUUCAAUGCCGAAGCAAAUUUCUCAGUGAGUUUAUGAAGUUUUACAGCAACUGUUCAAGUGAACAGCACCAGAAGUGAACAUCAACAAGGGUUACAUUUUUGAUAACAAAUUGUCAUUGUGUGAAACAUGCCAAUAACACUCUAUUCUGUAUCAGAUGGACCGCCAUCUUUGGCUGUUAGACAAGCAUUGGAAUAUUUAGGUUUGGAACACAAACUGGUGAAUGUAGAUUUUGGAAUUGGUGAACAUAUGACUGAAGAAUUUGCACAGAAAAAUCCACAAAAGGAAAUACCAGUUCUAGAUGAUAAUGGUUUCCUAUUGGGAGAAAGUAAUGCAAUUCUCCAGUACCUGGCAGAACGAUAUGGAAAAGAUGACACCAUAUAUCCAAAAGAUCCAAUGGCUAGAGCAGUUGUGAAUCACAGACUCUGUUUCAACUUGUCCACUUACUACAGAUAUAUUUCUGAAUACACGUUGGCACCAAUGUUUUUUGAUUAUCAAAGGACUCCUCUGGGUCUGAAGAAAACGCAUAUUGCCCUGGAUAAUUUUAACACCUACUUGAAGUUACUUGGGAAGAAAUAUGCUGCAGGAGAAACUGUAACAAUUGCCGAUUUUCAGUUGGUAACGGCGACCAUGUGUCUCGAAGCUAUCAACUUCGACAUAAGCCCUUGGCCUCUAGUUGAAAACUGGUAUGACACAUACAAAUUGGAACAUCCAACUUUAUGGAAAAUUGUUGAAGGAGGUAUGAAAGAACUUGAAGCUUUUGAGAAAAAUCCUCCAGAUUUGAGUCAUAUGGACCAUCCCAUCCAUCCAGUGAGGAAAUAGCAAAACAGAAAUCACUUUUUUUAAAUAUAUUGCUUGGUAUCUGAAAGAGAGUCACAUAUAUUGGAGUCAUGUUUGAACAGAUUGAAAAGAGUUAAUGAAAAGUUAUUUAUCAAGUAAUGUGAAUUAUCACAAUGAGUUGAAUAAAUCUUUUUUUCUUCUCUACGAAA